AUGAUGAUGAACUUAGACUUUCCAAAGUACAUCAAAGUUGCUGAAUUGGGUUGUUCCUCGGGACAAAACUCAUUUCUGGCUAUCUCUGAGAUCAUCAACACCAUCAAUGUGUUGUGCCAACAAUCCAACCAAAACCCACCAGAAAUCGAUUGUUGUCUGAAUGAUCUCCCGGGAAACGACUUCAACACGACCUUCAAGUUCGUACCUUUCUUCAACAAGGAGCUCAUGAUCACAAACAAAACAUCGUGUUUCGUCUAUGGAGCUCCAGGUUCCUUCUACUCUAGGCUCUUCUCUCGCAAUAGCCUCCACUUCAUACAUUCCUCUUACGCCCUCCAUUGGCUCUCUAAGGUUCCUGAACAACUCGAGAGCGAUAAGGAAAAUGUGUACAUAACAAACUCAAGUCCUCAAAGUGCAUACAAGGCUUACUUGAAUCAGUUCCAAAGAGAUUUCACCACGUUUCUAAGGUUACGUUCUGAAGAAGUUGUCUCUAACGGACGUAUGGUUCUCACCUUCAUCGGUAGAAACACUCGUAAUGAUCCCUUGUAUAGAGAUUGCUGCCAUUUUUGGACAUUGCUUUCAAAAUCUCUCCGUGACCUUGUCUUCGAGGGACUAGUGAGUGAAUCAAAGAUGGAAUCAUUCAACAUGCCGUUUUAUGAUCCGAACGAACAAGAACUCGAGGAAGUGAUCAGAAACGAGGGUUCUUUUGAAAUCAAUGACUUUGAAACACAUGGAUUCGAUCUUGGCCAUAGUACUCGCGACGACUACGACGAAGAAGAAGCUGGAUACAAUGAAGCCAAUUGUAUAAGAGCGGUUAGUGAACCGAUGCUCGUUGCUCACUUUGGAGAAGACAUUAUCGAUGCCUUGUUUGACAAGUAUGCACACCAUGUGACCAAGCACGCGAGCUGCAGAAACAAAACGAGUGUCACUCUUGUCAUUUCGUUGACCAAGAAAUAA